UCGUGCGCGCGGUUAUUUAUUUAUUUCCGGGCCCAGAGCGCUUAUAAUGGAGCCGCUGUCAGCAGAAGCCUCUGCUGCCGCCGCCGCCGCCGCCGUCCCUGUCCCUCCUCUCUUUCUCCCCGGCAGAUCUUUGUUGUGUGGGAGGGCAGCGGGGAUGGACUUGAGCUCGCGGCUCUCCUGCUAGAGCAGCAGCGCUUGGAGAGGACGCCGCCGCCGCCGCCGCGAGCAGCCGCCGCCCCAGGCCCCGCCGGCCGCGGCCUCCGUCCCCGCGCUGCGCUCCGCGCGCCUCCCAGCACAGUGCCCUCGCGGCGGCAGAUGAGUGUGGGGUCAGCCCACGGCGGGGACUAUGGUGAAAUUCCCGGCGCUCACGCACUACUGGCCCCUGAUCCGGUUCCUGGUGCCCCUCGGCAUCACCAACAUAGCCAUCGACUUCGGGGAGCAGGCCUUGAACCGGGGCAUUGCUGCAGUCAAGGAGGAUGCAGUAGAGAUGCUGGCCAGCUACGGGCUGGCGUAUUCUCUGAUGAAGUUCUUCACGGGGCCCAUGAGUGACUUCAAAAAUGUGGGCCUGGUGUUCGUGAACAGCAAGAGAGACAGGGCCAAAGCCGUCCUCUGCAUGGUGGUGGCCGGUGCCAUCGCUGCCGUCUUCCACACCCUGAUAGCCUACAGUGACUUAGGGUACUACAUCAUCAACAAGCUACAUCAUGUGGAUGAGUCUGUGGGGAGCAAAACACGAAGGGCCUUCCUGUAUCUCGCUGCCUUCCCUUUUAUGGAUGCCAUGGCGUGGACUCAUGCUGGCAUUCUCUUAAAACACAAAUACAGUUUCCUGGUGGGAUGUGCCUCAAUCUCAGAUGUCAUAGCUCAGGUUGUUUUCGUAGCCAUUUUGCUUCACAGUCACCUGGAAUGCCGAGAACCGCUGCUCAUCCCCAUCCUGUCUCUGUACAUGGGUGCGCUUGUGCGCUGCACCACACUGUGCCUGGGCUACUACAGGAACAUCCACGACAUCAUCCCCGACAGGAGCGGCCCAGAGCUGGGGGCUUGCCACAUGCCCUGGCAGAUCCUGGAGGACUUCCUGCUGGUGCCCACACUGACGCUGUCUAUUUUUUCCUUACAGGCAGUGGCCAUUCUGACAGCUACCUACCCCGUGGGUCACAUGCCAUAUGGCUGGUUGACAGAAAUCCGUGCUGUCUACCCUGCUUUUGACAAGAAUAACCCCAGCAAUAAACUGGCGAACACUAGCAACACGGUCACCUCUGCCCACAUAAAGAAGUUCACCUUUGUCUGCAUGGCUCUGUCGCUGACGCUCUGUUUUGUCAUGUUCUGGACCCCCAACGUCUCUGAGAAGAUUCUGAUAGACAUCAUUGGAGUGGACUUUGCCUUUGCAGAGCUCUGUGUCAUUCCUCUGCGUAUCUUCUCCUUCUUCCCAGUGCCAGUGACUGUGAGAGCUCAUCUCACUGGAUGGCUGAUGACACUGAAGAAAACCUUUGUGCUGGCGCCCAGCUCCGUGCUGCGCAUCAUCGUCCUUAUCACCAGCCUUGUGGUCCUGCCUUACCUGGGGGUGCAUGGAGCCACACUAGGUGUAGGCUCCCUUCUAGCAGGGUUUGUGGGAGAAUCCACCAUGGUUGCCCUCGCAGCAUGCUAUGUCUAUAGAAAACAGAAAAAGAAGAUGGAGAAUGAGUCAGCCACCGAGGGGGAAGACUCGGCCAUGACCGACAUGCCUCCAACAGAGGAGGUGACCGACAUCGUAGAGAUGAGAGAAGAAAAUGAGUAAGCACAGGCUGCCGGGGGCACUGCAGGGACAGUCAGGACAACAACGGUCGUCUCUUUCCUCCUCCUCCCAUCAAGUUGUUUUCUGUUGUUUAAUUUUUAUUCUUGGUUAUGAAAGAGGCCUUGAUUUAGAGGUUUCGUAUAAAUUCUCUAGCAUACUGGGUAUGCUCAUCGAUGCAGGGACCUGAAGAAAGGUCUUUACUGUCGCUUUGUAACUCAGAAUCGCUGACUUCAUGCCCCUGCUUCAAAAAACCCAAAAGGACAGAGCUGCCUCUUGGCCAACAUUUCUACCCCUUGGACAAUCUCCACUUGGAACCAAAGGACUUGGGCCAGACUUUUUCUGUUCAUGUUUGCCUCCUAAGAAUCAACAGGUUGAAGCUCAGCCUCUCUUGACUUGCUCCCCAAUACUGUGGCUCUGGAGUCAUGAACUAUCUGCCACAACACUGGUGGGCCCCAGGCUGCAGCCCACAGUCUCCCUGUUAAGGGCUGGUGGCCCUGCUGGGCCAAUGUAGUGGGAAUUUAAUCUCCUGUAGAAAUUGGGUCAGUCACAAACUGACUUGAUCGUCAGCAUCUCAUUGUUUUCCUGGUUUCACUGAGUUGCCGCACCCCACAGUGUAUAUACAUGAGCUGACUUUUCGGAGCUGUCCCGAAAGUGCAGCUCCAAUGUCAGCACCCUCCGCAUGAGUUUCCCUGAAGGCUUGCGUUUACUCGCCUUCCCUGAAGAUGGCACUAGAGCGAGAAGUGGAGCGUUCUAACUGUCCAUUUCUCUAACUGUCCAUUUCGUUUUCACAGUGAGCAAAGCUUUAAGUCGUAAUCUAGCAUUCUAAUGCCAGGGUCUUGUCUCGUAACUUCUGAUGUAGAUGUGCAGCCUGUUUCUGCAGGACAGGUAACCGAGUAUACUAUGGUACUCCCCUCCACACCAUAAAGCAAGACAUUUUAUAAACGAGUAUCAAGGUCACUAUGUGAUACCCCGGAAAUAAUGCAUUGGAAAUCCACUUAGUGCAGUAUAUUUUUCUAAGUUUUGGAAAGCGGGUUUUUUCCUUUAAAAAAAAAUUAUGGACACAGUUCACUAAAUUCCUGAUUUAGUCAAAGUAACUAGACUGAAAGAACCUAAACAAAUAUUUUAAAGAUAUAAAAAUAUAUGCUGUAUAUGUUAUGUAAUUUAUUUUAGGCUAUAAUACAUUUCCUAUUUUCGCAUUUUCAAUAAAAUGUCUCUAAUACAAUUCAGUGAUUGCCUUCGUGCUCCACAUACCUACAGCUUACUCGUGUUGUACCAGUGACCGCUGUAUGUUACAGCCUUCUACACGUCCUUUGUGUAUGAAUGUAAGGGCCCACAGAUCCAAGAAAACAAGGUGUCAUGAUGGGCAACCUCGGGAGGAAAUGGAUCCACUAGCGUAGACAGGCAAAGGCGGGAAGGGCAGAAGGCGGGCCUCUUGUGCUUUUUACUUUGGUGUUGUGUAACCUCAUGUUAAGACUGUCAGGGCUACACAGGCUCGCAUUUCCAUUUCUAGAUACCCAGUGUCCCUCAUAUGUGCCCACCACAGGAACAAAUCCUCUGUGCUUCCGUAGCUGCUUGUGGGGGACGUCAGGGGCAGAUCAGAAAGAUAACUGAAAGUCUUAAUUGUAUUGGCUUUUUAAAGUACAUGACUAGAAAAUUAAACAGCAAUAUUUUUUAAAAUGUGU